AUGAUUGAUUCACAUACGCAUUUAUCAGAUAAGAUAUACAAUAUGGUAGCUAACGAAGAUGAAAUGACAAUUGAAGAACUAGAGUGGUUUAUUCACACGGUGUUCAUCAAUGUAACGAACGAUCAGAUUGCACAUAUUACACAAAACUUCUCAAAAACAAUAACAAGGACUGAAUUCAAUACCAUUCUUUUGUCGCUUGCUAACAAAAAGCCAACAACAACUGAUGUCUUCAACAUAUGGAACAAAUCAAACAAACACAAGCUUGAUGCAGAAGACAUCCGCAAUGUGUUCAAAAAUAUUGGAAUUACACCCAGGACUGAGUACAUACAAGCAAUUAUGAAGAUAUUUCCAGAAUCAGACAUGACCAUUGAUACACUCAAACAAAUGCUCAUUCAGGCUCAACCUACUGAAUAG